UGUCGCCGCUAGAGCUAGCGCGAGAGAUAUUUGUGGAUCUUCGCGGUGCAAUGCUCCACUUUUUUAAUCGCAUUGCUGCACGAUCACGCCAGUCGCAUCAAGAAAUCGUGGUGUCACAGGUUUUUCGCUAGAUCUGCCGCCAGGGUUUUGAGCUCCAGGGAUUGAUUUGAAGAGCUGUGGUAAUGGACGAGCGUGCUCCUCUGGGAAAGAUCAAAGUCGCGACGAAAGCGAACAGGUUUCUCGUCUGCGUGCUUCUCAUAUUGCUGGCUUUCAUUCUUCUCCAGCUUGUGACGAUCGAGACGAGAGGAAUUUGUGCUGCAUUGGAAGCCGCUGAAGAUCCAGAUGAGCGCUCGUCCACAAGAGGGGCGGCCAUGGCAUGCAUUCGAAAUUCCAGCGACAAAGCCGCCAUGGCGAAGUGUUUGCAAAAGGUACUUUCGGUCUCUCUAGGCAGCGACGAUGUUCCUUCCGUGCUAAACUCUGGUCUAGGCGAUGAUGGAUCUUCCACUUCUAAAGUCGAGAAAGAAACCGCGAAAGAGAUCCAGGAAGAGUGUGCUAGAGCCAAGAAAAUGCUCGAGGACGAGAAAGAGAAGAAAUACUCCACAGCCAAGAAAGAGCUCGAAGAACUCCGGCACGAAUUCCAAAUGGUGGGCGAACACCUCAGGCACAGUUUCACGAUGAUGGAGCUCAAGGAUUUGUCACAGCCGGGUCUCUCCAAUGGCGACACCAUCUGGUUCAUGAGCUCUCUCCACGGAAAUUCUGUGGAUGAUCAGGGCAAGCCGGAAGAGUUUCGUUUCCCGUCAACUAUUUCUCAAGGGAGGCUACUGUGCUUGCAAGGCAACCACACUCACAAUGGAACCAUGAACAAGUAUGGCUUCGCGUGGAAAGGCUUCUUACCGGAUGGCGCAACUUAUCUCCCAGGAUUGACACUCGUAGCUGACAACUACUGGGACUACGUGAAUCCCUGGCACAGCAUGUCCGCGCUCAUCAACUUUGCGGCUUGGCGAGUCGACAAUGGCUGCAAAGUCCCGGCCAGGAUCGUAGCUUACCACUGGGGAGAGAUGGUGACCAAGAUGGGCGACUGGAUCACCAACGUUCUUCAUGCUUCGCUGGGCGUGAAGCUGAGGCCAGACACUUUGAGCUCGUAUGGAAGCGGUCCGGUGUGCUUUGAGGACGCCAUUGUCCAGCGCAGGGGCCUCGGUGGGAUGUCCAAGGAGAGGAUGAACAGGCUCUUCGAUAUGGUGCGUUGCAAGGUCUACCAGUUUUGCAAAGUUCCUCCGAGGUCCUUCGUUCUCGGCGGCAAAGAUGGAAGGAUUGAUAUCACUCUCGUCGCGCGGUCGGGGCCGAGAGAAUUCAGCAACUUAUCUGGUGUUGUUAGUGCUGUCUCGGAGCAGUGUGCAAUGGUCAAGGGAUGCAAACUCGACAUCGUUUCGAUCGGCAACUUGAGCUUUUGCGAACAGGUGGAAGUGAUGAGCAAGAGCGACGUUCUUCUGACUGCUCACGGCGCACAGCUCACAAACAUGAUGUUCAUGCCGAGGGGUGGAAGUGUCAUGGAACUCUUUCCAAAAGGCUGGCUAGAGUUUGCGGGAGUCGGGCAGUACAUUUAUACGUGGCUAGCGGACUGGACUGGGCUCAAGCAUGAAGGAGUCUGGAGAGACCCCGAUGGUCCGGACUGCCCUUACGAUACCAAGACCCAGGCACUCGAGUGCUUUCUCUUCUACAAAGACAGGUCGGUCGGCUUGAAUUCGUCUCACCUCUCGUCCUGGACUGCCGAUGUUCUUGAGAGAAUCCAAGCUCGGAGAGCAAGCAGCGUUGCUGACCACAUCUUGGAGACGAGCUGUAGCUGUGACAGUGUUGAUCGAUUCACAUGAAAAGUUAGAGGAACAGCUUCGUCACAAGUUCGCUCAGUUCA